GCCCACUGCAGGGGGAAUGUGGGGGGUGAGAGGGGAAAGGAUAAGAGGUGUGUAUUUCCCAUCACCAUGAGGGAACGGAUUUCUCAAUUAUUGGUCAUCUCUUUUGACCCGGGAAAUGGUGUCUCUUGGGAACUGACGAAAGGGCAGUAAUCACACAUAAAGCUCCAUAAUGAUAGAUCGGCGACUUGGAGUCGUCACGUUGAAUGGAAUCUGAGUGUUCCUAUUAGUGGACCUCUUCUCACGGCACUAACAAGGGACACGCACAAUUUACCGCUAUUUCGGAAAAUGUGAUUGAGAGGGGGUUGCCUACGAAUGAAUCUGCGAACCUUGAAUUGUUGGGCAUACGGCAAUGAAUAAAUUUGCCUACUCACAAGUACUCCAUCCCGAUGAAAUCCGAAUCUUGACUCUACACCCAGGCGCAGGGUCGGAGAAGCUAGAAGGGUCGAUCAGGCACAUCCGACUCCCUCCGGACAUUUCACUAACUUUGUCGUUUUCGUCGGAUCGGGGACAGCCACAGGUAAAAUUUCUACGCAAUACAAGAAGGAUCCUCGAUAUAUUCGAAGCGCAAUCGGGAGGACACAAUCAAUCUAUAAAAUCUGCGGAUGCCGGUGGUGAUAUUUGGGAGUGGAGACUUUUUGAGUCGAGAAAGGAGUCAGUGAGAAGGUCGUUCCAUGGGAGAGAGUUUUAUAUAGAGAACCCUGUUCUAGGCUUUGAUUGCAAUCGUAUUGAAUACACCCAAGAGUCGUAUGACGCUUUAUCGUAUACAUGGGGUGAUCUCCAGAAGACCAAUGAGAUUACCGUUGACGGUAAAUCUCUUGGUAUUACGAAGAAUUUAGAUGUUGCCUUGACGAGAUUGAGGUCGCCGACUGAACUGCGACGGUUAUGGAUCGACGCAAUCUGUAUCGACCAAGAGAAUAUCCAAGAGAGGAAUCAUCAAGUACAUAUGAUGAAACGGAUAUUUUCUUCGGCAUCCUCUGUCGUGGUAUGGCUUGGUGAAGCUACUGGCAGCGUAUUUUCCACACUAGAGAUGAUCCUCAGGUGCAAUUGGAGUCGGGGAAAGAAGAAUCUCUUCAACUAUCCCGAAGAAUCGCUGCGGGGAUUAUGCGAAUUGUUCGCACGGCCUUGGUGGAAACGGAUAUGGAUAGUACAGGAAGUUGUCGCUGCACGAGAACUUGUGGUUCUACUAGGUACCACUAUCUUCCCCUGGGUAAUGCUAGAGAACCUCUGUCGGGCUAUUCAACUAGCUGAAUUUCUCAUUCACCCCUUAGCAUCUAUGGUCCGGGAUUGUGGGUAUCAAAAAUUCACAGUGUUAGAACAUUUUAGACGAAAUAGGAGCAUGCCACUUGUUCGUUUGGUACAAUGCACCCAAGAUUAUCAAGCGACCGACUCGCGCGACAAGUUAUAUGCUCUUCUCGGUAUGGCUUCAGAUAUAUCGCCUGACGAGAUCAUCCCCGACUAUACGAAGCCCGUCCAAGAAGUGUUUCUUGAUCUAGUUGAGUUCAUGGCAACUAAUCAUCGCAAUUUGGAUAUUAUCUCAUCGGGUCGGUUAUCUAUUUCGGGUUCUUCCGUACCAAGCUGGUUACCGGAUUGGCGGGGUUUGAACACCCUCCGUCCACUGAACAGUGAGGAAGUUGGCGGCCACUUUCAUAGGGCUUCAGGCAGAACGGAUGCUGUGGUGGAUCUGGCUGAGUAUCCUUCAAUUUUAACAGCCGAAGGAUGGGUAGUUGAUACGAUCGACUUCUUUGAUGAUGCCGUUGCGCAGACUCAUAUCGACAUAUCAACGAUACAACGCUGGGAGAGGCUUGCGGCCGAGCGCGUUGAUCGCAUAACCAUGAGUUUAUUUUGGAAGAUCAUUAUAAUGGAUAAGGACCAUACGGGUAACUUGGCUAUGGCAUCAUUUGGUAGAGCAUUCGAUCCCUUUAUUAAGGGCCCGGGGAAGGCUCGGUCUAAAUUUGUGCAGCACUAUUCCGACGCCGUCACUAGAGCAGUUACCGGCCGGAGAUUCUUUAUCACCAGAAGGGGUCGAAUGGGACUUGGACCUCCAGAAAUCCAGGAAAACGACCAGGUUACCAUCUUCAAGGGUUGCCAUGUCCCUCUGAUAUUGCGCGAAAUGGAAGAUCAUAUGGUCGUAGUCGGCGAGGCAUAUGUUUCCGCCAUGAUGAAUGGAGAACUCGGUUCUGACUUAUCGGAAGGUCGAUAUAAUCUUAGGAGCAUUAAGCUUAGAUGAAAUGAAGUAAAAGUUCGUAAUCUGCGCGCCGCAAUCUUCAUGCUUAUAAUAAAUAAGAUUUUAAAGUAAACAAUAUAUUACAUAAUAA